AUGGAGACGAUAUCUAGGAUAUCCUCCAUGCUAGAGGCUGCUCGUGACCUCACGCUCGAAGCAGCACAAUCUGCUGGUACUAGUCGCAGUCUUCGCUCGACAGAAACAUCGCGAGUCCCUUCUUCGGCACAAAUCAAAAAGUUAUUGGACAGCCGCAAUGAUCGAGAAAUUCUGGACGGACUGCGCAAAGUCAUUUCGUUGAUGUACCAGUCCGAUACGUGCCUACAAUAUUUCUCCGCCGUCGUCAAGAACGCUGCCAGUUCCAAUACUGAGGUCAAAAAGCUUGUCUACAUCUACCUCCUACACCAUGCCGAAGCCGAGCCAGACCUCGCCCUGCUAUCGAUCAAUGCGAUCCAAAAGUCACUUACAGACACAAACCCGCAGGUCCGGGUUAUGGCAUUACGGACCAUGUCCGGAAUCAGGGUCCCUGUUAUUAGCCAGAUUGUUUCUCUGGCGAUCAAGCGUGGAGUCGGAGACAUGAGCCCGCACGUCCGAAGAGCUGCAGCACUGGCUAUUCCGAAAUGUUAUCGGCUUGAUCCGAAUACGAUACCGCAACUUAGUGAAUGCCUUUUUACUUUGCUUGGUGAUAAUCAAUACUUUGUGGUUGGACCUGCUGUCUCGGCUUUUCUGGAUGUGUGUCCUGAUCGACUGGAUUUGAUACACAAACAUUAUCGGAGUCUGGUGAGGAAACUAGUUGAUAUGGAUGAAUGGAGUCAAUUAUCCACACUGCGUCUUUUGACGAUUUACGCCAGAAAAUGUUUCCCGCGCAAGACGCAGAAGGCGAAGAAGAAUGAAGCCAACGGUUUCUAUGACGAUGACGAUCACGAGGGAUCUCAUGAAGCGACCAAUGGUGAUACGGAAGAAGAAGUCCCAGUCCUUGAUCCUGAUCUUGAGCUCUUUUUGCGCGCAUGUAAGCCCUUACUACAAAGCCGGACGUCCGCUAUUAUAGUGAGCAUCGUUCGCUGUUAUCUCUAUCUCGGCACACAGGAAUACCUUGAAAGUGCGAUUGGCCCACUAGUCGCGCUUGUUCGAUGUCCACAGGAUAUUCAAUAUGUCGCUCUAUACAACAUCGUUGCUGUGACUUUCCAAGUACCGAAGUUGUUCGUUAAAUAUGCAUCUCAUUUCCUCGUUCGCGCCGUCGAUCCACCCCAUAUAUGGAGACUCAAGCUUGAGGUGCUUACGAUACUUUUCCCUCACCUGGGAAUGCAUUAUAGGGGUAUCAUACUUAGCGAGCUCGAACAAUUCUCACAAGGAACAGAUCCAGACCUAGUCCGAGAAAGUGUGCGCGCCAUUGGUCGCUGUGCACAGACUGAUUCCAAGACCUCAAGCUAUUGCUUACGGUUGCUUCUAUCCAGAAUAUCCAGCAUCGAUGACAACGUUGUUUCAGAGUCUCUGACUAUCAUUCGGCAUCUCAUUCAGCAGAACCCGGGUGCUCACAAAUCGACCAUAGUCCGCCUGGCGGGCUACCUUGAAACGACCUCGAAUCCAGGAGCCAGAGCUUCGAUCAUCUGGCUUGUGGGAGAAUAUGCUGCUGCAGAUUUAGAAAAUAGCAUUGCUCCGGAUGUGCUGCGCAUUCUUGCCAAGGGUUUCGCAGAUGAGACUGAAGAAGUUAAGCAGCAGAUUGUGUUACUAGCUGCCAAAGUCUAUCUUCAUCAUCUACUUCAAAACCCACCUCCUGAACAUUCGUCUCAGCCGGAGAAGAAUGAUGAGGUCCGGACUGAUAGCCAAAACAGUGCAUGGGGUACAGGCGAGACUCAAAAUGGGUAUGAGACGGCCCAAAAUGCAAUCGAAACGGAGCAGCAAGGCGAACCGUCAGGCGAUGACCGUAUAACACUGCUAUGGAGAUACAUCCUUCUUCUCACGAGGUACGACACGUCAUAUGAUCUCCGAGAUCGCGCACGCAUGUACAGAGGACUUUUAUCCGACCCCAAAAACACACAGAUGGCAAGUUUGCUACUUUUAGCCCCGAAAUCAGUCCCACAUGCACCGAGUCCGUCCGAGACACGGCGAGACCUUGUUGUCGGUACGUCGACGCUUGUCGUGGGGCCCGAAUCUGGGCYUUUAGGUUUGAAUGGCUACGAGCCACUACCGGAUUGGGUCCCGGCUGGACAAGAACCUGACAGAUCCCUCCGCGAGGACGGCGUAGCUAUCGAAUCUGCGACAAGCCGAAAUUCGCCGGCGUUGACGGCCGGACAACGUCUCGAUAAAGCGCUACAAGAGCAUGAGACGACUACAGCAGGGAGUGGAGCUGCAAGAAAGGGACGAGUCGGAGCUCCAGCUGGUAGUAGCAUGGGUAAUAAGAGUUUGAAUGACUGGUUAGACGAGGAGGAGGAGGAGGAGGAGGAAGAAGAAGAAGAGGAGACAUCUGAAGAAGAGUCAGGUUCUACGGAAUACGAGACUGAUUCAGACGAAGAGACCGACUCUGCUGAAGAUGAUGACGACGAUGAAGAUGAUGACGACGAUGAAGAAGACGAAGGAGAAGAAGAAUCCGAUUCGGAAGCCGCUCAAAAGAGAGGGCUGCUAAAUAGAUAA